GUUUUAUCAUCGUUACAGCUAGAACUACUUGUGCUAGGGACUGUGCUAAUUUAUUCAACUGUAUUUCAUCUUUCAUUCAGUCAAAAACACGUAGCUCGUGAAGGCUGUAUAAAAGAAAUGAAAUUUAAGAGCCCCGUAAGAAAACCAUUGGAUUUAUUAAAUAUAGUGAUUAAACCUGGGAAUUUAUGACCAAAACUUUGGUUCGUCUUUUUUUACGAACAGAUGUUGUUCACAGCGUACGUCUGAAAACUUGGUUGAUUUGUGAUUUAAUCAUUUAAUUUUUUAGUUUAUAAACUUAAAAAAAAAGAGAAAAAAAAGAUUAUUUUCAUUGUUUAUGAGGAUUUUACAUAGUUUACAAAAAAUGAGAGGUGGAGCUUUAACACUCGAAUGAACAGAACUACCCGGAUAAAGAUAACAGAAUUGAAUCCGCAUGUAAUUUGCGUGCUCUGUGGUGGAUACUAUAUUAAUGCUACAACGAUAACAGAAUGUUUACAUUCUUUUUGUCGCACGUGCAUUACACGUUACCUAGAAACAAGCAAGUACUGCCCAGUCUGUGAUGUUAUGGUACACAAGACACGCCCACUAGACUAUAUACGAUCAGAUAAAACGCUGCAAGAUCUAGUUUAUAAGUUGGUUCCAGGUCUCUAUAAAAGUGAGAUGAAACGUCGCCGGGAAUAUUAUGCUGUUGUAGAUUCUCCUGGAGUAUCACAGCCUCCUAGUGAGGACAGAGGGGACGAAUUCUUUGACAGAAUAAUUUACACGGAAGAUGAGAAAAUAAGUUUGUCCCUUGAGCUCUGUGCAGAUGGUAUCCCUUUUAAAACCCCGAUCAAUGUACAUGGGCACACAGGGCCUGAAAACAUCCGGAUAAAAGACGUCCGUUAUUUACAAUGUCCAGCUGCGUUCUCGAUAGGUAAUCUAAAGAAGUUUAUCAGGAUGAAGUUUGAUCUAAAAAUGAAAUUCGAGAUUGACAUUUUCCACACGGCCGAGCCUCUACCAGAUUACUAUUCUCUGAUGGAUAUAGCAUACAUUUACACGUGGACGAGGAGGGCUCCGUUAAGACUGUACUACACCGUGUUUGUAAGGACGCUCCCACCCAAAGCUCCGGAUCCAAUAUCACGUGACCAUUCCAAUAAAGUAAACAAUGAAAAACGGGUAACGACUCCCGGCAAAAAUACAAAAGCAGAAGAUAAACAUAUGAACAAGAAAAGGAAACUUCUUGAAGGUCCUGAUGACAUAAGCCCUGAUCUAGAUUUUGAGAAAUGUAAACCGUACAAGGGUGAAAGAAGAAAAGGAUUGGGGACACCAAAGAAACGCCCAAAGAAAAUGUUAGUUGAAGUGAAUGAUUCUGUUAAAGAAGCCAUGUCGGAAUCAGAAGAGCAGUUGGCUAAACUUACACUGGACUGUUCUGGUGAUGUCAGGAAUGGUUUAAGUGAAACAGCAAGUGUAAAUAGUGAUAUAAACACAGAUUGUUCAGAGAAAGAUGUUGAUGUUGAAAAUGACAAAGACGAGUGUGAUUAUGUUGGCAACCAGAAAGAAAAUGUGAAAAAUGUCGUAAAACCGACAGGUAAAAGUAAAAAGGAAGAAAAAUGUGAUACGGAAAUACUUACAAAUAUAAAUAUUGAAACAAACACUCCAACAGAAUGUGAAAAAGGUGAUAAAAAUGGUGCUAUACAAACCGAUAAAGAAACGUCAUCGUCUACACAGUCGAGUGCUCAAGUUAGCCCAGGCUCUGGGUCAAUAUCUUUGUCCCUGUUCCAGCCAUUAAACCAAGUUAGGAUCGAGCCUACAACUGAAAAAGAUGAUAAAACCAGUGAUAAAAAGAAAGACAAAACGUUUGAUUUCCAGUCUGAAGAAUCCGGUUUUGUGAAAAAGGCUAGAGGCAGACCGAAAGGAAGCAAGAAUAAAUCUGCCAUUGAGAAAACAGGAAAUGUUAAAACUGUUGAGAACAAAGAUGAUAAUGAAAUAAAAAAUAGUUUAGUUGUGUCUAAAACCCAUCCAGGAUUAAAGUCCCCGAAAGGAAACAAAACCCCGAAAAAAGCUGACACGAAAGCUGACACUCCGAAUAAAAAAGGCAUAGUUAAAGCAAAUACGAAUGUUGACAGUGACAAAGUGGCCUUAACUAAGAACAAAUCAGGAAAUGGCGAGAAAGUGAAACGAAAGUAUGUACGGAAGAACAAAGCAGAAAAUUCCAAUGAAAACUGUAGAGAAGUUAAACGUCAAAAGAAAGAAGACAUUAAAGUUGAAGAAUGUAAAGAUCUAGAAAAUGGAACUGCACAACAAAGUGCUGUGAACGAUAGACUUAAGGAAGACAACACAAGUGAUAACAUUGACCAAGUCAAUAACACUGGAAUCGACAACUUAAAGGAGAACACAAAAACAGAAGUACCCAUGAAACAGGCUGAAGGAGAUAUGGUUAACAUUCAAAAUAAAGUUAAUGGUGCCGUUGAACAGGAAAAGCAGGCAUCAGUUAAUUCUAGUUCUCUGCAAGAACCUGUAACACCAUUAUAUGGAGAAACUCCGAAAGUAAAUGAAUCUAACCAAGGAUUACCGUGUUCUCCAAACAUGGAUAGUUUUGGAGAUGGUGGAAGAUUAGUUAUUGACACAAGUGUAGAAAAUGAAGACAAUGAUGGUGCUAAUACUAAAGAUACAAGUGAUAAUAAUGUUGUAAAAGGCAACAAUGCUCAUUCAAAUGGUGCUAUUAGUGAAAAUAUUAAUGUGAAAAGUGCUGAUAUGGUUUCAAAUCGUGCCGUGUCUAAGGAAACUUUCAGAGGUGGAUAUGGAAUAUAUGACAGCAACCAAGGUUUGAAUUAUUCUACUGAUAACUCAGAUAUACCAAAUGCGCACAUGGACCAAUAUAGAAACGCUAUCAAUGUGUUAUCACCCGCAAAUGCAUUAACUAUUUUAGGUAGUUUUUCUCCCCCGCCUAUGAACGCGCAUUUGCACAUGGGUCACUUGACCGGAAGUAGUUUCUCGUCACAUGAUCAGAGCUUUGACCAACCGCUUGAUCUCACAAACAAUGGAACACGAGAUGAGUACACCAAAGGGAAAAUAUUCAAAACUAAAAUGUUAAAAAAAUCGUACCCGAAACAGGAAACAGUGCAAUCCUUGAAGGAAAAGAGUUCUAGCUCAGUACAUCAAAUUUCAAACUAGCAGUUUUGGACAACAGAAUGACUAUGGCAAUUUAUCUUAUACUUCUGAAAGAAAUCUGAACAAGUUGCACUCUCCACCCAUUAUAUUGAAUAAAUAAGUAUGGAUACCAUGACAAUCUUUAAUCAAUUUUAAAACUUUAUAUGCAUAACAACAUGUACAACACUUUUAUAAAUAUUAUAAGUUUACGAAAGCCUUUUUAUAGUUACAGUGAAAGAUACAACUUCAAGACGGUGAACAUUUUGUUAAGAUGUCAGACGUCAUAUAAAUUUUCACUGUCUUUUUUAUUGAAAUUUUAUUUUGUUAUUUUUUCAUGUGUGCUGAUGUUAUUUUCUUUAUUGCAACAUGCAAAAAUUGGUUGAAAGAAUGCUCUUAGCAACACAACGAAUGGAGUAAACGCAAGUAAUUCUUAUCUUAGAUGGUCAUUGUAUAAAUAUGAAACUGUUAAGUAUAUAAGUUGUUGUUAAUCGAAUAUCAUGCCUGUAAUUUAGUUAAACAAGAUUAAGGUAUUACUGUAAUUAAGCAAAACAAGACUUGCCCAUCUUUGAAUCUGGACAAACCUUUUUUUUUAGGAAAAAAAAUGAAGUGAGUGUGUAGGAAAUAGUGCAGACCAUGAUCAGAUGACAUACAUGUACUGGCUGAUAUCGUCUGCACUGGUGGUAUGGGCAGAUUCUGUAGCCGCUAGCUGACUAAAUGAGCCGCGUCACGACAAAACCAACAUAGUG